AACUAAAUAUAUUAAAAUCUGUUGAAGUACAUAGUUACAACAAAACAUGUUGAAAAUGGAGACUGAUAAAAUAAUGGAUGAAACUAAUUCCAAUUCUCAACCUUUUACUACAACGAUGCUGUAUGACCCCGUACGAAAGAAAGAAACCUCACCCACAUUUCAAGUUGAACGCGAUACCUGCUUAACAUAUUUUUCACAGUGGAACGAAACUGAUCAAGUGGAUUUUGUUGAGCAACUAUUAUCGCGUAUGUGUCAUUAUCAGCAUGGUCACAUUGAUGCGUUCCUAAAGCCUAUGUUACAAAGAGAUUUCAUAUCCCUAUUGCCGAAAAAGGGUUUGGAUCACAUUGGCGAAAAUAUUUUAUCAUAUUUGGAUGCGGAUUCCUUGAAAGCUGCUGAAUUGGUAUGCAAAGAAUGGCUUCGUGUCAUAUCGGAGGGUAUGCUAUGGAAGAAAUUGAUUGAACGUAAGGUACGCACCGAUUCGCUGUGGCGUGGAUUGGCAGAACGUCGUGGUUGGAUUCAGUAUCUAUUCAAGCCACGUCCUGGUACUAUACAUAGACCACACUCCUUUUAUCGGGCAUUAUUUCCUAAAAUUAUGAAUGACAUUGAAAGUAUUGAAAACAAUUGGAGAACUGGCCGUCAUAUGUUACGUCGCAUCAAUUGUCGUUCGGAAAAUUCAAAAGGUGUUUAUUGCUUACAAUACGAUGAUGUUAAAAUAGUAUCUGGUCUUCGUGAUAACACUAUUAAAAUAUGGGACCGUACGGAUUUGCAGUGUGUUAAGACUCUUACCGGACACACAGGCUCCGUUUUAUGCCUACAAUAUGAUGACAAAGUCAUUAUUAGCGGUUCGUCAGAUUCAACGGUACGCGUCUGGGACGUUAAUACCGGUGAAAUGGUCAAUACCCUCAUACAUCAUUGUGAAGCUGUUCUACAUUUACGUUUCAAUAAUGGCAUGAUGGUUACCUGCUCUAAAGAUCGUUCAAUUGCCGUUUGGGAUAUGACUUCGCCCAGCGAAAUAACACUGCGUCGUGUUUUGGUCGGACAUCGUGCCGCCGUCAAUGUUGUUGAUUUUGAUGAGAAAUAUAUUGUGUCUGCAAGUGGUGAUCGUACAAUUAAGGUUUGGUCCACUUCUAGUUGUGAAUUUGUUAGGACAUUGAAUGGCCAUAAACGUGGUAUUGCGUGUCUACAAUACAGAGAUCGUUUAGUUGUCAGUGGUAGUUCAGAUAAUUCUAUCAGACUCUGGGAUAUUGAAUGCGGUGCUUGCCUACGCGUGCUUGAGGGUCACGAAGAAUUGGUCCGUUGCAUACGUUUCGAUUCAAAACGUAUUGUAAGCGGAGCUUACGAUGGCAAAAUUAAAGUUUGGGAUUUAGUUGCAGCUUUGGAUCCUAGAGCUCAGUCAAAUUCGUUAUGUUUAAAUACAUUGGUGGAACAUACUGGUCGUGUUUUCCGCCUACAAUUUGAUGAGUUCCAAAUUGUCAGCAGCUCUCAUGAUGAUACAAUAUUGAUUUGGGAUUUUCUGAAUUUCACACCAAAUGAAAAUGCAGCAGUUCGCACACCUUCACCCGCUCUCAUGGAACAUUAACAUUAUUUACACGAUCAGAUGCAUCUACGUGAUGGUAACUAAUGAAUGGAGUAAAACUAAUUAACCAAUUGUGUUUUUUUAUUUAAAAAAAGGCACCAUUGUAAAUUAUGAA